GCGGCCAAGGCUGCAGCAGCGGAGCGCGAUGGCGGACCGCGCCCCUCUGCUCGAGCACCAGGAGGGCCCCGCCGUCGCCCCCCCGGCACCGGCCCCCGCCCGCGCCCCCGCCCGCGGCGACAGGUGGAGCCCGGGGCCGCCACCACCCUGGGCGGCCGGCGGUGCGGACGAGGACGAUGAUGAUGAUGAUGAGGGCGAGGCCCGGGGCCCGGAGCGGGAGGAGGAGGAGGAGCAGGUGGUGGCCGUGUUCGUGGUCACCUUCGACACCAGAGCAGGUAAUAUUGUGGAAUGGCGUUUACCACAAGAAGUAGACCUCGAAGGAGUAGAAUUUAAAUCCAUGGCCAGUGGAUCUCACAGGAUUAACUCUGACUUUGUCUACUUUCGGAAGGGUAACUACUUUGGUAUGGCAUGUUUUGCCAACAUGCCCGUGGAGAGCGAACUGGAACGAGGUGCCCGAAUGAAGUCUGUUGGAAUUCUCUCCCCAUCGUACACACUUCUGUACAGAUACAUGAAUUUCCUGGAGAAUCAGGUCAGGCAUCAACUUGAAAUUCCUGGGCACUACGCACAAUUGGAAGCUUUCUAUGAAGACAAGAAAGGUAUUUUACCGGCUGGUCUGAGCAGCAAAGGAACCCCUACGUCCCUUCAGCCCAUUCACUGGUUGCCGACAGUUAACAAGUACAUGUAUCCUGAGAUGAAGAUCACACACCCUGCAGGAUGCAUGUCUCAGUUCAUCAAGUUUUUUGGCGAGCAGAUAAUGGUUCUGUGGAAGUUUGCACUGUUACGGAAGCGGAUCUUGAUAUUUUCGCCCCCUCCAGUUGGAGUGGUCUGCUAUAGAGUUUACUGUUGUUGCUGCCUGGCCAACGUUUCACUGCCUGGGAUUGGUGGAGUCCCCGAGUCCAAGCCUUACUUCUAUAUCAGUGUGGCAGAUAUAGAAACCUUGGAGACCGAGAUGUCCUUUGUAGCUUGCACAACAGAAAAGAUAUUUGAAGAGAAGAAGGAUUUGUACGAUGUUUACAUUGAUAAUCAAAAUGUGAAAACUGACCAGGAGCAUCUGCAGCAGCUGCUGAAGUUAAACAGCGCUGACAGAGACAAGUUUCGCAAACUCAAUGACCAGAGACAAAUGCUGCUUUAUUCUCAGGAGGUGGGAGGAGAUUGCAGUGGAAGUGAAGAGGAUCUGUUCAUUAUGUUUUUCAUGGAACAGAACAAUCGCAUAUUUCAGAUGUUACUGGAGGUGUCGGCCUGUCAGGACAAGACUCUGACAGCUGAUCAUGUGAGGAGUAUGGGACUGGACCCGCAGGGAGACCGCAUCUUCCUGAUGGACCUGCUGGAGGUGUACGGGAUCGAUGUAAUGCUGGUUAUUGAUAAUCCCUGCUGUCCCUGAUCCAGGGCUUCUGCCGAGCGCCAUGAACUGGACCGGUCGGUCCAAGAUACUCAAUGGAUUGACGAGUAGUGUUUAAACAAAACAAAACAAACUAAUAACAUAGGAGACAAGUGCAAUUGUACUGUGGCACACACUGCGAUUUUUUUGGGCCGUGUCCAGGUCAGUUCACGAGUCACGUGCAUUUUUCUCCCUUUCCCGUUGUCUUAUCAAUUCAAAGACUGUGUAAAAAUUAACCUGAGGGAAAAAUCAGGAUGAUUUCACAGGGAAGAAACACUCAUUGGAAGGAUUUUCAGAUAGGAGAGUGUUCUUGAAUUUUUUUUUUUUUACCUUCUGUUGAUAAAAGUUAUUGUGAUUCUGUUGUUUUUUGUUGCCCAUGUGUGACUGUUGUAUGUAGCAGUGUGAGUUGGCACAUGCACACAUGGACUUGCGCGCGCCUACACAAAUAUCCGUGUGCUUUCACCGGACUGCAGGGAGACGCCUUGAUGUAUUGUUCACGAAGGAACUGCAGAUGCUGGAGAAUUGAAGGUAGGCAAAAAUGCUGGAGGAACUCAGCGGGUGCGGCAGCAUCUAUGGAGCGAAGGAAAUAGGCAACGUUUCGGGUCGAAACCCUUCCGGGUUUCGGCCCGAAACGUUGCCUAUUUCCGCCAGGGUUUCAGGACCAAAAGAUGCCUAUUUCCUUCGCUCCAUAGAUGCUGCCACACCGGCUGAGUUUCUCCGGCAAUUUUGUCCUCCUUAAUGUAUUGUUUGUCCUUCUGCCAAGCUUGAUGUCUGCCUUGUGAGAAGAGUUGCGUUAGAUUUCACAAGGCCCUCUCUAAGCUGCUCUGAGUGGCCACACGUUAGUGGCAAUCACCCAGUCCUUUUUUUUUGAAGUGAUGAAUUUGACCACUAAAUAACAAAUGGCAAUGUGAUUAUUAGGAAAAUAAUUAUUUAUUUACACUGCCAAUUUGAACUUUUGUACCGUCAAAGUUUCAAGCAUUUCCCUGCGUAUGGCCUCUGAUAUUGUCACCGUUACUUGAUUUAUUGAUGAUAACUUACUGAUGUUACAUGUCACUGGCGAAUUGCACCGAUUACCACCUAUCCAAGCAUUAAAUGAUUUGAGAAUUAAGGGACAGAAGUUUAGGGGUAACAUGAGGGGGAACUUCUUUACUCAGAGAGUGGUAGCUGUGUGGAAUGAGCUUCCGGUGGAAGUGGUGGAGGCAGGUUCGAUUUUAUCAUUUAAAAAUAUAUUGGAUAGGUAUAUGGACGGGAAAGUAAUGGAGGGUUAUGGUCUGAGUGCAGGUAGAUGGGACUAGGUGAGAGUAAGUGUUCGGCACGGACUAAAAGGGCCGAGAUGGCCUGUUUCUGUGCUGUAAUUGUUUUAUGGUUAAAGAGUAUUGUUAGUGUGAUGAUUUAAACCGUAGCAUUUUGGAAGUAAGGAACAAAAGGUGUUUGCUCAGUUAGAUUCUGACUACGUACCACUAAAGGGGCCUGUCCCACUUACGCAAUUUAUUUUUUUUUUUCGCCAACUUGCCGGCACCCGUCAUACUCGCAGCAGGUCGACGGAAAUUCUCAACAUCAAGCCAAGUCGACUUUAUUUGUCACAUACACAUACGAGAUGUGCAGUGAAAUGAAAGUGGCGACGCUCACGAAUUGUGCACACAAAAAACAGAAUGGAACAGAAUCACAUAUUACAUAUUUAUGGGAGGAAAAAAGAAGAAAACAGCAAUUUUAAAAAGACACCACACUACAGUAGAAUGGUACAGUAAAGUUAGUCCCUGGUGUGAUAGGGGCUUACAGUCGUAAUGGCCAUGUUGAAAAUUCAGCGGCGACUGGACAAAGGUGCGACUCUUUGGGCGGCUACUCGCCUGAAAGAGGUAGGACUCUGGGCGACUACUCACCUGAAAGAGGUGCGACUCUUUGGGCGACUACUCACCACCAUACAGGUGCAGUUGCGGGGUGACGCCUGUAUGGUCGUGAGUAGUCGCCCAAAGAGUCGUACCUUUUUCUGGUCGCCGUUAGAUUUUCAACACGUUGACAUUUUUCUGCCACCUGCUGCGACUAUGAUGGGGGAAAAAAAAUCACGUAAGUGGGACAGGCCCUUUAGGUUAGUUUUCAGACAAAUUGCUGGCUGAUUGUAGGACAGACUUGGAUUGUUUUCUCUAGAGCAUGGUAGGCUGAGAGGAUAGAAGUGUAAUGAAUUAGGAGACGCAUCGAAGGUAAGCAGAACCGUUUUCCACAGGGUGGCUGUGUUAAAGAUUGUAGCACAUACCAUUCAGGUGUGAGAGGCAUCGAUUAAAGGAGAUGUGCUGGGCAAGUGUUUUUACAUUGGAAAGCUGGAAUAUGCGGCUUGCUAUGGUGGAGGCAGAGAUGAUAGUGGUGUUUAAGACACUUUUUGAUGAUAGCAUAUGGUUAUGGACCACAUGUAGGCAGAGGUGAUCAGUUUAACUUGGCAUCAUAUUCAGCACAGACUAUGUGGGCCGAAGGGCCUGUUCCUGUGCUGUACUGUUCUAUGUUCUAUGAUAAAUGCUCUAAUGAUAAACAUAUUAAAGUGAAAAUCUAGAGAUUUGUGUAUAGAUAUUGAUCAACCCAUCAAUGUGAAAUUCAGUGUAGCUAUGUGCAAUAGACUUGCUAGUUAUUUGUAUAAUUUAAGAUAAUUCCCAAUAUAUUUGUCUGUUUCCAUUCCCCUUAAGUUCUCAAAAUUAAAUUGGCCUUUCUGAUCUUAUUUUAAUUAUUUUUACACUGGUUGCUUUACUAAAGAGAUUUGACACUCAGAGGGCGGUGGAGGCAGGUUGCUUUAAAAAGAGAGCUAGAUAGGGCUCUUAAAGAUAGCGGAGUCAGGGGAUAUGGGGAGAAGGCAGGAACGGGGUACUGAUUGGGGAUGAUCAGCUAUGAUCACAUUGAAUGGUGGUGCUGUCUCGUAGGGCCGAAUGGCCUAUUCCUGCACCUAUUGUCUAUUGACACUCCAAAUGGUUCAGAGAAUAUAAACCUGAUUUGUCACAUAUGCUGCUGGCUUUAUUUUAAAUGGUAAAUGUCAUGUUUUACCACAAAUGGUGUGUGGGGUUGUUAGUGAUUUCUCAUGGGGACCAUAAAUGCAGGCCUCACACUUUCCAGAUAUACAAGUGCAGGAAGGAACUGCAAAUGCUGGUCUAAGCCACAGAUAGACACAAACUGCUGGAGUAACUCAACGGCACGGGCAGCAUCCCUGGAGAGAAGGAAUGGGUGACGAUUCGGGUCGCAUCUAGCCUGAAGAAGGGUCUCGACCCGAAACAUCACCCAUUCCUUCUCUCCAGAGAUGCUACCUGUCCCGUUGAGUUACUCCAGCUUUUUGUGCCUUUUUGCCGCAGAAACUCAGCGGGUGCAGCAGCAUCUAUGGAGCGAAGGAAAUAGGCAACGUUUCGGGCCGAAACCCUUCCGGGUUUCGACCCGAAACGUUGCCUAUUUCCUUCAGGGUUUCGGCCCGAAACGUUGCCUAUUUCCUUCGCUCCAUAGAUGCUGCUGCACCCGCUGAGUUUCUCUAGCACUUUUGUCAAUGGACACUGAAUGAAGAUCCCCAGAUCCUAGGCUACAGUACAGUGCUGUAUCUCCGCCUAUUUUCUGCUCAAUCAAGGUUGGGAUUACACUUCAAUCUUGCACGUUGAUACUUUUUGGUGAUGUUACACCUAUCAUUUGUAAAAUCUUCAACUACUUAUCUAGUCUGAUUAGCUGCUUUGGUUGUUAUUUUUUUUAGAAAAAACUUUGGUGAUGGGGUGUGCCUUUUACUACUGCUAAUGACAGUAAUAGUGAGGCAUUCAUGUUUGUCCCUGCCCUUGCUUUAACAUGAGCUAAUGUUUCUUGAUGCCGAAACUUAGCCAUUAGGCAGCAGUUACGGGUUGAAGGUGUCGACGAUGGAGGUAGAGGGUGAAUCUGAAUUAAUCCUGAAAAGUGCAACAAUUCAGAGUGCGUUGCCCAUGUUACAAGCAGUGCAGGCGUUGCAUGCAGCUGCAUGGAAAACCCCUUGCCCCAUGGUACGAGUUCAUUCCAAGAGCUCUCCCGAGUUUGCCCUGAUUCGAACUCGAAGAUUUACGGUAAUGGCUCCUCGGGGCUCCCGUGGACAUUUUUCAUCAUGUUGAAAAAUCUUCACGAGUCUUACCUGCCAUUAGCGAGUCUUUAAUCAAUCAAUCAAUCAAUCAACCUUUAUUGUCAUCUUGCAAAGUAACAGUUGUACAGUGCAAAAUCAGAAGACGUUUCCCAGGGAUUACCGGAGCAUCGCUCAUGAAACUUAAAACAUUUCACACACUCUGUCUUCCCGAGUACCUACCGUUAGCGCUAAGAGACGUCCCCGAGCUCCGACGUACCCGCUACGUUCAUUCUCCGUGCUUACCACGAGUUAGAUUUUUUUUAAACUCGGGAGAGCUCUUGGUAUGAACUCGUACCGUGGGACAGGGCUAAAAGAAUUCUAAACUCUACUUGCAAAGUGCAUCCAACUUCCCAACCUGUAACCCGACUGACCUUCUGUUCCCUGUCAGACUCACCUCAAAUUUUGAAAGAAUUGGUCCACGUUAUAUAGGAAGUUUACAGAACACACUUGAGUCAUUUAGGCAUGAAGUUUACUUGUACAUUCUACUUUUUAUUUCCAGUCUUUUCAUUGUAAUCCCCCCUCUUGUUGGUCCAUGGAUAUAGAUGGACUUUUUGAAUCUUCUCGUUGUAGCACACUUUUUUGUUUCUCUCUGGGUGUGGAUGUACUUUUACACACUUGCAGAUGUGUUUCUGCUUGCAUGCAUCAAUGAGUAUGUGUAUCAGAUACUGCCUGAGGGAUGGGUAAACCCAUCUACUUCUAUGGACGAUAUUGUAAUUGUCCUGUCGGCCAUGAUCACAUUGAAUGGCGGUGGUGGCUCGAAGGGCCGAAUGGCCUACUCCUGCACCUAUUGUCAAUUGUCUACAGACAUGUUUAAUAAAACAUUCCGAAAACUAUGUAAUACUAAAAGGUAUAAUUGAGUAUUUUAAGUUGCAUUGUGUUAUUUUAUAAAUCCAAGAAGCUGAGGUUAGUAAAUACUUCUGUACUUUUGUCCGUCACUAAUCAGUCUAGAUGAAGAGGUAGGAAUCAGGAGCUGCAGAUGCUGGUUUACCGAGGAAAAGGCACAAAGUGCUGGAGUAACUCAGCGGGUCAAGCAGCUUGCCUGGAGAACAUGGAUAGGUGCGGUUUCGGGUAGGAACCCUACUUGAGACUGAUGGUAGGGAGUUCAGCGCUGGGGCAGCGAGGCAUUGGGAAUGGAUGCAGCACACAGCAGUUGCUUUUUACUAAGUUUUCUUUCUUUACAGUCGAAGCUGUGAAUCUUAAUGCGUCAUCCAUUGGGGAAAGGAUACAUAGGAUUGUGCAAGAUAAUGAGUAGAUUUAUGAUGGCAGGAUUUAAUUUGUCAUUUGUGUUGUCAAUAAUGUCACGAAAAUGUGGCAUUUAAAAUAAUUACCAAUAACUUAGGAAAGUGACUGGCCUUUUAUUUCCACGCUUGCCUCCACUCUUUAUGUGCAGUUGUUACAAGAUGUGACAGUCUACUCGCGUAUAUUACGAAAAUAUUAAUUAUUUAAGAUGCACCAGUAUUAGUUUACGUUAAGAGUGAUCAAACUGCAAAUAGAAUUUGGUAGCAAGGAGCGAAAUGGUGCAAAAUCUAUAUUGCCCGUCCCCUGCCAAGAUCGUGGUGGAAAUUAGGACUCUUGAUCUGACUGUGUUAUGUAAUUGUAUGUGCUGGUUUGAAGACAUUUGGUUAAUCUGCUUAAAACUCUGGAUUUUUAAGCUCCUGCCAUUAAUAACUGGAUAGCAAUACCACAGACUCUGGAAACCUGAGAUAAAAAACGCCUUGCUAGAAACAAACGGGUCGGUCGGUAGCUGCCGAGAGAGAAAACUUGUCAAGUCCCUGACAUUUCAAACGAGCCUGGUUCAGAUCCGAUGAGUAUUUCGAGCUUUUUCUGUCAUUUCGGUGAAUAAAUGUUGCAGAGAACUGUGGAAAUGUCACAUAGAGAGCACACUGUGAAGCUGCUGUGUUCUGUACUAGUGGGGGUUAGGAGAUGCUGGAUGUAAAACAAACACUGCUGUCAAGGGUAUUAAAAAUGGACUUGACUUUUAAAAAUUAAAAAGUAUACGUGAAGGAAUGUAUAUUUCUCACUGUCUCAUGUUAAUUUUGUACUCUGUAAAUCGGAAUAGAUGUGCCUAAUAUAUUUUCUAAUUAAAAGCUAUCUGUAGUAAA